AUGCAUCUCCAAACAUAUCUCCCAGCUGUCAUGCUGGCUCUGUCAGCCAGCGCAGUAGCCGGUUCCGUAGCCCCUACUCCAACCACCUUCGCCACAGCAGCAGCACGCAACCUCGAACCACGUCAAGUCGUCACAGUGUCCCAAGACAACCCCCCAAAACACUCACCCAUCUGGGGACCGGUGGUUUCAAAAAAUGAUGUCCUCCUCUCCAGAUCCACCCUGUCAAACUGGUUCACGUUCCUCGAAAUGGAAUGUGAAGGGUUCAAGUGGGAAGGUGACUACGGCUUGCGAAAAGCACCUGACUGCGUGUUUCAUCACACGGGCAGGAUGAAGCAGAUGUGUGAUGUGAUAGAGCGUCCGGAUCAUCCUCUGUGUAUGAAGGAGUAUGUAGAGUUGUACGCGCCCAAACAGUUCAAGUGGAAGACGGGCGGCGAUGAUGAGGUACCGGAUGAUGUUGUGCCAGUCGGAGACGAACCGGUUGGUACUCCACCAGCCGAUGGUGGAGAGGAUGCUUGA